AUGGACAGUGAAGCUAGCAUGGAACAUCUCUUGGAGUGCAUGCUGCUUGAUCCAAGUGCAGAGCCGACAAACCUGCCAAUAUCGCUUCUAAAGGCCAUCACGAAUGAUUUCACGGAUCAUAGGAAAAUUGGGGGUGGUGGGUUUGCAGAUGUGUACAAGGGAGUACUUCAGAAUGGGACAGUCAUUGCUGUGAAGAAACUCUUCAACACUCGUGAUACGGAUGAGGAGAAAUUUAUCAAAGAGGUUGGUUGUCUGAUAAUGGCAAAGCACAAAAAUAUAGUGCAGUUUUUGGGGUACUGUUCUGACACACAAGGGAAAAUAUUGAACCAUGAGGGGAAGAUGAUCCAGGCGGAAGAACGACAAAGAUUGCUCUGCUUUGAGUUUCUGCCCAAAGGGAGUCUUGACAAGUAUAUCACUGGUACGUUCCCUUUCGAUUAA